CACCAAAAAGAUGCACAAGACGCAUUGGAUGAAUAUGUUAAAGCCAAGAUAUGGAAUCACAGUCCCCUUCAAUUCUCUGCAAAUUCUAAUUCAAAGUCUCAAAAGAGAAGCUUUUUCUGCCAUCUUGGGCCAAAACUGGGCCAACAUUUGGAAUGUGAAAGUAAACACCCGAGUUCGAUAUGAUCCAACCCAUUUCAGUUUCGGACUAAAACGGGUCGUCGUCGUCUUUCUCCAGUUCUCUACUUCUCACACAGAAGAGUCUGUAAAAGGAAGAAGAGGAGCAAUGAGUGGAGAAGAAUUAGCUAGCACCCCACCGCCAAAGCUCCUCCGUCUGCUUUAUUUUGUCGGCGCUGGCUUUAUUUGCACUGUUGGAAUCAACAAAUGGCUUGAGCUUCAGCGCAAGUCAAUUUUACAACAGCUGCAGCAGCAACAACAGCUCCCUGAAAAUGCCGCAAAUGCCCUUGAGUGAUCUCCAGGUUUAAGGCAAAUUUUCAAAUUUUGUCAUGGAAUUUGGCAAGUAAGCUUGAUCUUUGGCUUCAUUUUGAGUUUGUAAGUGCUGCUCCAGCUGAACUCGUGUUAGACUGAGCUUUGGUAGUUUGGUUGUUAAAUGAUGUGGAAAAUGGUGCAAAAAUUCAUGCCUUUCAAUCUGUUUGAAUAUUCGAAAUACCUAUGUGUGCAAAUUUCUUUGGCUUCA